AUGACUGAAUUCGGUUAUGUUGCCUGGAACAAGACAAUAAAGACCUCGGACAGACCAGCCACAGUCCGUGAUCUUGUGUGGAGUGAUAUGCAAUAUAUGCAAUUGUGUCAUCGAUUGCUCGGUCUAGACCGUGGACCGUUCUGCUUUGUCUGGAUCUACUGCCAGGAUGUUGUCAUUGUUCUUGGAAGCGUGAGUCGCGCUCCGAUCCUGACGGCCAUCCGUAACGUCGAUUCAUUUGACCCUUGGUGCCGCAGAUGGCCUGCUUCGAUGGCCUCGAGCGACUGGACUGGGUCUCCGGGUGAAAAGGCAAGCAGACUGCCAGUAGCAAUGAUAAACAUGAAUACAAUGGCUUGGUCUUUCCGGGAGUCUCUCUCUGAGGCACAGACGUCAUGUGGGCAAAUCAUAGUCCAAGCAGAACUUCCGGUUACAAUCAUUGCAGUUCAAAGAGCGAUAAUUCUUCGCUCUCGUAUCCAAGAUUGCUGCAUCAUCGCUGCGACGGAGGAAGUGGGAGACACCGUUCAAGGCCGACGUCGAUUCGGAAGAGUCGGGAUCGAGAGGGAUGAUCGUACUGUUGGAGAAGCAGCCAGCAUCGGACACCAGACGACCGGGGAAGACUUACAGGAAGCCACCACAAAUGAAGUCCAGAGCAAAAAGGCAGAGAAAAGAAAUAGCACCCUAGAGGCGCUAUGCCGUAGUAGCAUGGCUGGCGAAUUCGCUGUGAAAGGGAUGGUUAUCUUAUCCCCAGGGAUCAAGAGUUGA